AUGGUUGGACCGACUGCCUCUCUUCAUCCACUGAGCCGAGCCGACGGCUCAGCUUCAUACAAAUGCCCUGCGACAGGUUCAAAUGUUCUAGGGUCGGUCAAUGCGCCUAUCGAGCUUCCCGGCCGCCGAGACGCUCUAAAACCCGAGGAUGCCACUAUCGAAGUUUUUGUGAAACCAGGGACCGCACCCGGUGGUGUUGGAGAGCGACACAUCGAAGGCAUCUUGAGAGGUGCUUUGAGUCGAAUAAUCCUUGGGCGGGAGAAGGGAUAUCCAAGGCGAGGUGUCGUCAUCACAUUGGCUAUUGUUGGCGGGAAUAGCAUUGGACGAGGAGCCUCCUAUCUUCCCAUCCUCCCUGCACUCCUCCAUACAUCUAUCCUCGCAUUGGUCUCGGCCUCUGUUCCUCUGUCAAUGUCACUCUCUGCUACCGUUCUGGCCGUUGAUUCGUCUGGUGAAAUCAUUCGCGAGCCGUCUAGUGCGGACGCUACAACUGCAGCUUCUCUUCACGUCCUAGCAUUCACAUCCAAAGGCCAUCUCCUUCUGAAUGAAAGCGAAGGCGCAUUUGAUUUUGAUACAUGGGAGAGAGUCUACGAGCGUGCCUUGACGAUCUGUCAUGGAACCUCGGCUCUUGGUUCGGACGGCGAUGUAGCCAUGACAGAGACUGUGGACUCUCAACCACUCGAGGGAUUAGUACGCGAUACUGUCGAAGAUCGUAUACAUGUCGAAUACGCCUGGAAAAUCGACGCUGCUUGA